AAUGAUAAGUUCUAUUUAAUAAUAAAAUUCUGAAUUUAAAUAGAUUUAAUCAAAUUAUGUUCCACAUAAAUAAUAUAUUAUAUUAUUAUCGCCCAUCGGUAUUCAAAACAGUUACUUGAAAGUAUUAAAUGUCUUUUAGAAUCAGAACAGUAAUAUUUAGUAUUACUCAAAGAAGAGAAAUAAUCAACGCCUGCAUUUUAAGGAUGGUAUAGUUAUAUUGAUUCGAUCAAUUGAUAGAAAAAUGCAUUGGAUAUUCGUAAUUCUGCCAUAAUCAAAGUACAAAAUGAGUACUUUACAUAAAAAUUGUCUUGCACAGCCUGGACGUAAAAAAGUUCAAAUUUCAUUUGUUAUACGUGAUGAAGAAGAACGUAGACAUAGAGCUGGUAUCAAUUCCUUACAAUUGGAUUCUAAACAAGGAAUUUUAUAUUCAGCCGGUCGAGAUGGCAUAAUACGGCAAUGGGAUGUCCGAGAUAAUGUUGAAGCCACAUAUUUACGGUCUUUGGAACAUCAUACUGACUGGGUUAAUGAUAUUGUACUAUGUUGCGGUGGAAAUUAUUUGAUUUCUGCAAGUUCAGAUACCACUGUUAAAUUAUGGGGACUUCGGAAAGAAAAUACUUGUUUAUCAACCUUGCGAACUCAUAAAGAUUAUGUUCGAGCUUUAGCAUAUGCUCGUGAUAAAGAAGUGGUCGCAUCAGCUGGGUUAGAUAAAACAAUAUUCAUGUGGGAUGUUAAUAUGUUGACUACUUUAACUACUACUAAUAAUACUGUAACAACGGCUUCCCUGCCUGGUAGCAAAAACUCUAUUUACAGUCUGGCAAUGAACAAUAGUGGUACAGUUUUAAUUAGUGGAAGCACAGAAAAAGUUUUACGAGUGUGGGACACAAGGACAAGUGACUGUAUGAUGAAAUUGAUAGGUCACACAGACAACGUAAAAGCUUUGGUUGUAAAUCGUGAUGGUACCCAAUGCCUAUCGGGUAGCUCUGAUGGAACUAUUAAACUAUGGUCUCUAGGACAACAACAAUGCAUUCAAACUCUAAGAAUUCAUAAAGAAGGAGUUUGGGCAUUAGCAGCAACUGAAAAUUUUUCCCAUGUCGUAUCUGGUGGUCGUGAUAAAAAAAUUUAUAUGACAGAUUUAAAAAAUCCUAAUAGAGUUCAGCUUAUAUGCAAUGAGACAGCUCCAGUUGUAAAAAUGGUUACAACACCUGAUAUGAGUGCUAUUUGGGUAGCCACAUCCGAAUCCUCUAUUAAUUGCUGGAAAUUAAGAAAAAGUGAUGAAACAGCUGAUUUUGAAGAUGUCCCAACAGUACCAUAUAAUCAAGAACCAUUUAGGACACUUAAAGGAGCUGCUGCUAUACGAAAAUACCAUGUACUGAAUGAUAAACGAACUAUACUGACACAGGACACAGAAAAGAAUGUUGCAGUUUAUGAUGUCCUUAAGGCUUCUAAACUUCAAGAUUUAGGGGAAGUCGAUUUUGAUGAUGAAAUAAAAAAAAGACAUCGUAUAAUAUUUAUACCAAACUGGUUUAGUGUUGAUUUGAAAACAGGGAUGCUAACAAUUCACUUGGGACAAGAUGAAAACGAUUGUUUUGCAGCUUGGGUUUCUGCUAAAGAAGCAGGAAUUAAUGUCACGGAUGAUAACUUAAGAGUAAAUUAUGGCAAUCGGAUGUUGCGAUCACUAUUAGAAAAUUGGCUUAAUCGCAUUCAAACAGAUCAUGGGUCUUCUGAUGGAGCCCAGUCUACUGAAGUCAAUGCUCAGACAAAACUAGAUUCUCAGUGUUGUAGAAUUCCUAAACAUACACCACUUAUGAUAAGUGAAGUUGGUGGUCGGUGUCUAUAUAGGAUGUUAGUUAGCCAGGCCGGAGAUGAAAAUGAUGUUUCAAUUUUAAACGAAACUAUUCCCGCAUGGGUUAUGAAUGUUAUCGUUGAAAAAAGUAUACCUAAAGCCCUCAAGAUAUCGUUUUAUCUUGUGCCACUAUCAAAUACAUGCAUUAGGCCUGUAAAAAAUGGAACUCUUCGACCUAGUAGAGAUCGCUUAGUGGCAAAUGACUUUAUUCAAGUCCAGAAAAUAGCUGAGUAUAUCCAUGAAAAGUUGUCUGAAAAUGAUGGAAGUGGUCCUUAUAACAAAACCUCAGACUGCAUAAGCAAUCAUCUACAAGGAAAUACACCUGAGAAAAAUUUUGAACUAAGCUGUAAUGAUCAAAUACUUUCUCCUACAAUGGAUUUAAGGACUUUGAAACAUUUCAUUUGGAAAUCUUCAGCUGAUUUAACAAUAUACUUCAAGGCCAAACAUUAAAAAGUAAUUUUUUCUUCAUGAUUUAUUUAUUUAUUUAUUUUAAGUUAAUAUCUUCUUAUUCUUUAUUAAUUUAAUUACUUUUCUAUUAUAAUGAAAUUCAACCAAUUUUUAUAACUUUGUUGAUACAUUUUCCAUUAUUUGCAAAUAAAAACAUGUAUAUUAUAUUAUAAUGAUAUUAUUGUUAUAAGUUAUAAAAUGUAGUUACAUAAAAAGUAUUAAUGUUAAAUGUUAAAUUCAUAUCACACUCAGAAAAUAAGUGUAAUUUUAAUUAACCUGUACAUAUUACCUAACGUAUAUUAAAUUCUAUUAUUAUGUAAAAAAUAUUGGCAUCAAAUCAAAUUUAAUUUGAUUAUAUUAUUAUUUUCCUAAGACUUAUAAAAAUGUUUGAAAAAAGACUUAUUUUUGUUUUUUAUAAUCAUCUCUUGUUUUAGAUAUUAUAUUAUAAUAUUGGUGACAUUAUGAACACAUACAAAAUUAUACAAAUCGUCUAAAAUAAAUUUACCUAAUGUACCUAAUACAUAUUAAAUAUUAUAAAAGUAGUCAAAAUUGAAAAUUGUAACUGUUUUAUCUAACCGAAUUGGAAAAUAUCAAAUGUUUAAAUUAUGUUUAUUAGGUACAUUCUUCUUUCAUACAAUUUAUUUGUGGUAUGAUUUGUGUUCUAAAUUGUAUAGGUAAUCAGAACUAUAUUAAAACAAAUAUAUAAUAUAUUACUGUGUAUUUAAAAAAUUUUAGUUGAUAAAAUAAUAUUAGUAAUUGUAUGUAACUAUUUUCUAAAAUUAAUUGUUCAGUUAAAACAUAAUCAGUGAACUAUGAAUACAAUUAUGUUAGGAUAUCUUUAUUUGAUUGAAUUGGUACAAAGUUUUUUCAAUUUUUUGACACAUUUUGGGCCAACAAUUCAAAUUGUGUGAGAAAAUGUGUCUAGAAAUAUGUCUAGUUUAUGAUUAAUUUAUUACAGCUGAUAUGGUUAUUAAAAUUAUGGUAUUAACUGGUAAUUGUUGAUUAUAUAAAUUAUAGUUAUUAACUAUUAUUUAUAAAUAUAAAUAAUGUGAUUUUGUUCAUUAUGAGGACGAAGAUAUUAACAAAUAGUUGAGUAUAUUUACCAAAACUUAUAUUGUAUUACUGUGUGUGUACAUAAUAAAAUGUCAUUAUCUCUAUCUUAGAAUCACAUAUCUAUACAGUGAAUUAGAGGAGAUAUAUAUAUAAUAUAGAUACUUAAACUGUUUUUGUUUUAAUUAUGUUUAAUGCAAUAUUAUCAUGGUUUCCAAUUUAUAAGUUUGUUAUUUUAAAUGUUUUGCAUUUAAUUAACAUAUAUUUUAUUUAUUAUACAAAAAUGAGUAUUUUGUUGUACAUCAUGACUGAAAAUCUUCAUUAUUUAGAUAGUACCGUUUAACUAUAUUAUUGUUUACUUAUUCAUGUACCUACCUAUUGCUGGAUGCUAAUAAAUAUUUUUAAGAAUUAAGAUUAAAA